AUGGAAUGUGCCACUCAAUGCCGUCAUGGUGUCCUUCAUUAUCACGAUCCUUCUCUCUCUGAUAAACAUUGGUACCGCUCAGACAAGCUUCCACAUGCGCGAUGGAGUCUUGGGAAGUUCGGAGGACCGAUCAACAUCGUCUCAAUCGCUUAUAUCAUCGUUGUCUUUAUUUUCUCCUUCUUUCCGCAAUCUGUUGCUAUUACUCCGGAUUCCAUGAAUUGGAAUGUUCUUAUCUACGGUGUUACUCUUUCUUUUGCCGUGGCUUGGUAUUUUAUUCAGGGAAAGAAGCAGUAUGCUGGUCCCAUAGCAUAUGUUCGAGCAGACCAAGGAAGUCGAUCUGGGUUGGGCCCCACGUUGCGCCCACGCCGCUUGUACCCCACCAUGCCCCGCGUCGUGACCCCCGUACCUCCCGUAUCGAUAACUGAUAUAAGCCUGACUGCCAGAGCACCCGACGCAAACCGGUGGCUUCCUCGUAGCGUGUGCGAUCGGUCAAGUGAACUUCCGCCUCAAGGUCAAGUUUCAGGCCAACGAGCAGCGCCGCGGUUUUCUGGUCUCCCUUGUCGUCUGUUGCUCCCCGCAAGAGCUGACCUGGGAAAUGGAUUCUUAUUAAAACCGAGUGAAUUGCGAGACGGGAAGCUGAGGCAGGGCCUGGCUGAGCUGGCUGUGCGUCCUGCGACCUCCCUGAGCCUGGCCAUCCACUUCCGUCUCGCCCCCAAAAGGUCCGAUGCUGGCAUCGCCCUUGGGCGUCUUGGUGGCACUACAGCCUUUAACGUUAGUGUCUAUUGUGGCAUGUCGCUUCGCGACAACGACAAGAACGAGGAUGAUAGAGGACGCUAUACAUUGCAGCCGAGGACAUUGUAUGGAGCAGUUCGUCAGUGUGCAGUAGAUAGUCGAUGUGUAUCGGAUAGAAUUUUAAACCAUAUUUACGUUACCACUGUAUUUAUGCGUUUGUAA